AUGAGUCUUGAAAUCUGCUCUGAACUAAGUAGAGAGUUCCAGAAAAAAGGACCAAAAAAAGCAAAUACAGAUUUAGCAAAAGAGUGUUUAACACGAGUUAAAAAGAAGUGGGAACAAGAAGACAAUCGUAAACCGGGACGCUUAGCGAUUGAGGACAGGAGCUGGUCCACGUUCUCGUUUCUAGAGGCCCUCAUGUUGUGUUCAAUGAGAUGUUCACAAACAGCCAGCUGUGUGGCUUACAACUUCUUCAGUGCCACCAAUCAGUGCCAACUCUUCAAUCAAACAUUGAACAAAUUCUCCAUACUGCCCGGCUGCCAUUAUUAUCUCAAGAAAGAUUUAUCUGCAUUUGACAUGAAUAUGACCAAUGAUGUGGACGAUGAACUGAGAGAAUUUUACAUCAAUGGCAAAAACAUUUCGAUAGCAUCAAAUUUCUCACACGUCAAAGACUGGACCGUACCAGACAUCUACCAUUUGAAAGGAGGCGUAACUGUCAGAUCACAAGACAACUACAUCCUGACCAACAGCACUUGGAAAUGUUCCAUGAACUAUACAGACGGAUGGUACAAAAUAAUUUAUAAUGAUUCGUUUUGGCCUGCUUCUAAGGAAUACUUAAAUUCUUCUUACCAAAAUUCUAUUGGGAUAUCUAAAUGGAUAACAGAGUCAAACAAAUGCGAGCAGUGCAUUUUUCACUGCAGGAAACGUUUUUUAGGUGUGGUACAAGAUAUUGAGAACAUUUUACUUUUAAUGGCACAAGGUUAUACAACUAUUUUGUCAACGAAGAAAUAUGCUAAAAUGAACGAAACUCGCUUCAACAAGUGCUUUGAAAAUUUUUUUGUUCAAAAAUUCACCAGAAUGUACUUUUUGAAAAGUCUUUCAAUUUGUUGCUUAAUUGCGAAAAUUAACGUUGCUUAUUUCGGUUGUUACCAUAGACUCGAAGAAGAUAAUGUGAGUUUUUGUUCGUGCGAUCCAGCGAUUGAGGACAGGAGCUGGUCCACGUUCUCGUUUAUAGAGGCCCUCAUGUUGUGUUCAAUGAGAUGUUCACAUACAGCCAGCUGUGUGGCUUACAACUUCUUCAAUGCCACCAAUCAGUGCCAACUCUUCAAUCAAACAUUGAACAAGUUCUCUGUAAUGCCCGGCUGUCAAUACUAUCUCAGGGAAGUUGUAUUCAUAGCUGAUAGAUCAAUAGCCAGAAAUGUCAUAAACAUUACUGUGGACAACGAACUGAGGGAAUUUUACUUCAACGGCAACAACAUUUCUGUAGCUUCCAACUUUCCAAACGCAGUUUAUUGGAACAGACCCGAUUCGUACAACUUGGAAGGUGACAUUCAUGUGCUUGCCCUCAAGAUGUACAACAACGAGUUUUCAGAGCUUCUAGGCAGAUGCGAUUAA